CUCCAUUUAUUUAUGUAAUUUACUAAUUUUAUCACCAAACUCAUCAUAUGUGACCGCCGCGGCUGUGCCCGGCGGAGAAGUCGCCGAUUUGACUUGAAGAGGAACAAAAGAAAAAGGGCUGAUGGCGGAGGAGGAGGCGGAAAACGUGGCGGCGCGAUUGGGAUCAUUCGACGGCAGAGUUAGCUUAGUAAGUGAUCACGAAGAAGAGAUUAUGAUUCUUUGGGCAAUCCAGCAGCCCAUUUUCGCCAAGCAAAACGCCUUUGUGAAGCAGUCCUCUCUUCAGCUAAACAUCGAUGCAUGUGGCCGUUCUCUCUCCAUCCUCCAGUCCCCAUCUUCACUGAUCACUCCAGGGGUAACUGGUGCUGUCAUGUGGGACAGUGGCAUUGUUCUUGGGAAGUUUCUAGAGCAUUCUGUAGAACUGGGAGCAGUAUCCCUCCAAGGAAAGAAAGUUGUUGAGUUGGGUUCUGGCUGCGGAUUAGUCGGCUGCAUAGCUGCUUUGUUGGGAGCUCAAGUAGUUCUGACUGAUUUGCCCGAUAGGCUGAAGCUAUUAAGGAAGAAUAUUCAGUCCAAUCUCUAUGGAGAUGUUCGUGGCUCGGCCUCUGUAGAAGAACUGACAUGGGGAGAUGACCUCGACACAGAUCUUACUGAUCCUUCACCUGAUUUUGUGUUUGGCUCAGAUGUUGUUUAUAGUGAAGGAGCUGUGGUGGAUUUGGUGCACACACUCACAAGGCUUUGCGGGAAACAGACGACUGUCAUUUUAGCUGGAGAGCUUCGGAAUGAUGCCAUCCUCGAGUACUUUCUAGAAGCUGCCAUGAAAGUGUUUGUUGUGGGCCGAGUUGAUCGGGAGCAGUGGCAUCCAGAUUAUUGCACUUCACGUGUUGCGGUUUAUGUUUUGGUGAAGAAGUAGAAAGAUGGCCGAUGAGUGGUGUGGAUGACAAUAUCCAGGUUAAUGUGAUAAAAUUGGGAUAUACAAAACUACUCAAUAAUUUUAUUACUAGCAUCUUGAUGGAGUGACUGUAGGCUCUUUGAUUUACUCUAAAUUUCUCAUAUUUGGUGUGCUAUAUUUUGUGGCAUAUCUUAUUCUUUAUUUGAGAUUUUGAUUUUCCUUCUAAUAAAUAACUACCCAGUGGAAUUAAAUUGUUUUAAUAUAAGCACAUACACCACGAAAUGAAUUGAUUAUAAUUUGUACUUGAGGCCGACUUAUUGUCUUCGCAAGGACAGGCAAAUUAAAUUCUGGGAUUUUAGAAAAGAAAGGUUCUAGUAUAUGCCUAUACGGGUAUUUGAGGGUAAGAUGGACCACUCUAGUGAUUGUAAUGAGGAAACCAAGAAUUGGUGAGUUUAAUUUUGACCAUC